GAUGCUAUAUUUGGGUAUCGCCAUUUGUACUUUCCUUCACCUCAGUCUUAUUUCGAGCUUUUUCUUCGCUUAUAGUGUCGAUGAAUUUUCACGAGAGCAGCUCACAAUAUCAGCAUAACAUAUAGUCAUCAUGGUACCCGUGGAUAAAUCCCAAGUUAGUCCCAUGGAGGAGUCGAAGGGAGGUGAAGAGGCGAAGGCUCUGUGUAUCGUGAGGGAUAUGACAAAUCCUCACUGGCAGACUAGCAAGAUCACCCUCAACCUAUCACUCUCUACUCCACUCAAAGACUUAGUCAGCGAGACUGCCAAAGAGUUUAAAUAUGUGCCGGAUUCCUUUCUACUUAUUUACAAUUUACCCGGAUGGACAGGGGAAGUGGAACUCAGUCCUAGCAUGGACUUAUCGUUACAUCUCUCGGAUAUCGGAGUAGUGGUGGAAUCGGAACCUGGUAUCAUUCGCCGCAACAACUUUACUCUGAUGGAGACGAAAAUUGGAAAACCACCAAAGAAAAUAGGUAAAAUUAGUGGCAACAUACUCUUCAAUAACCUAGGUUAUGUGGGACUGGUGAAUCAAGCUAUGACUUGUUAUCUCAACAGCUUGAUACAGACACUCUACAUGACACCUGAGUUUAGAAACGCUCUCUACAAGUGGGAGUACCGAGGCUCGUCCGAGGACGAUGAACCGAAGAGCAUUCCCUUCCAGCUGCAGAAGUUGUUUCUGAAUCUGCAGACGAGUAAGAAGCGAGCUGUGGAAACGACCGAUCUCACGCGCAGCUUCGGAUGGGACAGUUCAGAAGCGUGGCAGCAGCAUGACGUACAGGAGCUGUGUCGCGUCAUGUUCGACGCCCUUGAGACGAACUUCAAGAACACGGACCAGGCCGACCUCAUCAACCAGCUCUACCAAGGUCAGCUGAAGGACUACGUCCGCUGCUUAGACUGCGGCUCCGAGAGCGCGCGCACCGAUGCCUUCCUCGAUAUACCGCUCACCAUUCGACCGUUCGGCGCGACGACAGUCUUUAAAAGCGUGGGGGAAGCGUUACAGGCAUUCGUGGAACCAGAAACAUUAGACGGAACGAAUCAGUACUUUUGCGAGCAAUGCAACAAGAAAUGUGAUGCACACAAGGGCCUUGAGUUUGUAAAGUAUCCAUACAUGCUAACGCUACAGUUGAAACGAUUCGACUUUGACUACAGCACUAUGCACCGGAUCAAACUAAACGAAAAAGUUACCUUUCCUGAGAUUUUGAACUUGAACAAGUAUGUUAACAUAGAAGAGCCACUAUCACCCACCAAGGAAUGUCCAGGAAACUUCGACAUCGGGGCGCCAACUGCAGGAGAGAAUAAUCAUGAUUGUGAUGCUAACACCGUAGCAUUUGUGACUCCUAAUGGACCCACAGAAAAUGCACAACUGAUAAGCAAUAGUGUAGAAACAAGUAACAAACCAGUAGAGGCGAAAACGGGGAUUUUGGUCGACGUUUCGUCUGACACGAGCAACAAUAAGAGCGUUAAGGAGAAUGGAGUGGACGAGGGAGUGGAACUCAGCGAUAGCGGCGGCCCAGAAGGGGGCGCUGACGUCAAACAGACGACGGAAGAGACGCUAACCAACGACAAGAAUGCCGAGCACAUGAAAGAAGAAGGACCGUGGGUAUAUGAACUCUUCUCUAUCAUGAUCCACUCUGGUAGUGCUGCGGGCGGACAUUACUAUGCCUACAUAAAGUCGUUCACGGAUGGACAGUGGUACUGCUUCAACGAUCAGAGCGUUCAGAAGAUCACGUACGAUGACAUACGCAAGACGUACGGCGGUGGGGCGGGUCGAGCGUCCUACACCAGCACCUACACCAGCUCAACGAAUGCUUACAUGCUCAUGUACCGCCAGAUAGACAAGUCACGCAACUCAGAGCCGAUGCAGCUAGACACGUUUCCGCAGCAUCUCGCCACGCUGCUGAAGCGAAUCAGCGAUGAUUGCGACGAGUACGAGAAGCAGCAGGAAGCCAACCUGAACACGUGCCGGUUGAAGGUGUUCUGCCAGCAUCCGAUGGAGGGAAAGAUGGUCGACAAGAAGCUACACAUACACGCCGACGACACGCUGCAAGAUGCGACCGAUAGAGCUUACAAGCUGCUGGAUCUAGAGGGCGUAGUGACGCGCGACCAAUGUCGUCUGCUCAAGUACGACGAAUACCACGACAACAUCGAGGAGAGCUUCCAGCAGAAAGAGGGCGCCACCGAGCAGGAGGAGGAAGAGCGGACGAUGUCCGAUUACCUCGGGGGAGUGAAGAGCUCCUACAAGUUUGAUUUGAUGAUGGAGAUUCGACGACCGGACCAGAAGUUCCAGGUCUACGAACCAGGAGGCAUCUCCGUGAAGCUCCACAUAGUCGAUCUCGUGUCGGAGACGAUUCAGCCUCCGUUCAAUCUCCGCGCUCAAUCCUCGAACACGCUUGACGAGUUCAAGGCCAUCAUAUCUGAGGUGACCGGGUUGCCGACCAAUCCCAUGCGUCUGGUGCUGGAGAAAUACUCGGGGGAACUACGUUACCUUCACGAUCCGGAGAACAUCAACUCUCUCCGCGGCCUGGGAUUCUUCCGCAGUGAGAAGGUGUACGUCGAUUGUUCGGGAGUCGAGGACUCGCCUAACUUUGAAGAGUCGCGGCUGCACAAACUGCUAGAUGAGUUUGGCAAUACGAUACGAAUCACAAUAGUGCUUCCGCCGGCGUCGGAGUGUGACGAGCUCAUGCAGACUCUCCAAUCCCUCGGUUUCCUCGACGACAACCCAGCACUGGACCGAUGCACCCCUGCCCCCUCCACCCCGCCCGCCGCCCCGCCCUGCAGCAGCAGCACCCUCGUCCCCUCCCCCGCGGACUCCUCUCACGAUGCCAUCCUGUACGCCUCCUCCCCCUCCCCCGUCCCCGCAGCCACCGACGUCAAGCACGAGACGCAAUCGAUCGACUCGGGCGUGGCGAGCGACGCAUCAUUGAUCGCUGGCGGCGUGGCGGCGGCGGCAGAUGGAAGCAGCAGCAGGGAGAGCGGAGGGGAAGCUUCCUCCUCCUCCUGCUCCUCCUCCGCACGCUCCUCCUCCAAGACCUCGGAGUCUCCCGGGACGGACACACCGACGCUCACGGAGACCGUCGCCACGCCGACGUCCACAGCGGAGUCGUCGCCCGGCAACAGCACGGCAGAGGCGGUCCUCACCCCCGGCAACCAUGCCGCAGAGUCGGAUGUCACGCCUGGCAGCAGCCCCAAGAAGAUUAAGAAGACGAAGCGUGAGAAGGAGGCGGAGGCGACGAGCGAGUCCGCGGCGACGGUGGCGCCCCCUGCAGCCGCCGACAUCGCCGGCGGAGAUGGGAAGCACGUGGGGAAGCAGGACGUUGCUGCGGCGACGUCCGACGACGCGGCGUUGCCAGGCGCGCAGACGCAUCACAACACGAACAAUAACAACGACGCGAAACCGCCGCCGGCCGCCGCUGCGAAGAAAACAAAAGAUGCGGCGGCGCUGAACGGAACGAUGGUGCCCUCGCCGACGACUUCGCCCAAGAAGACGGUCAAGAAGCUGGUGAAGAAGAAGAAGAGUGGGGAUUCGACUGAGAAGAAAGGCGAGGCGGCCAAGAAGGUGACAACUGUGGCGGCGGCGGCGGCGGACAAUGGGAAAUCCGGGACGGAUCCCGCCCCCGAAAAAUCCCUCGUCGCCAACGACGAUACCUCGGACGCGUCUCGAGAUAGAUCCGCUUCGUCGUCGUCGUCGUGCGAGAAGAAGAAUCGACGGCCAUCCGUCGAUGACAAGAAAACAGACAAGAGAACAGACAAGAAAACAGACGACAAGAAAACGGACGACAAGAGAACAGACAACAAGAAAACAGACAAGAGAACAGACAACAAGAGAAUGGACGACAAAAAAACGGACGACAAGAAAACAGACGACAAGAAAACGGACGACAAGAGAACAGACAACAAGAGAAUGGACGACAAAAAAACGGACGACAAGAGAACAGACGACAAGAAAACAGACGACAAGAGAACGGAAGACAAGACAACUGAGGGACAGUUGGCUGUCUACGUGAGGCAGUGGUGUCCGUCUGAAUUCAAGAUGAAAAGCUUCCAGGAGGUUGUACUGGACAGUUUCGCUGUGGAAGAACUCAAGGCCAAAAUAUCUGAUCUGAGUGGCAUCGCGGCGUGUGACGUCAGCUACGCGAAGAGUAGAGGCACGUUUCCCUGUGACAUCUCUCUACUGGACGUAGACACGGAGAUGGAGUGGAAUCCGGACACGCAGCAGCUUAACUACUGGCCACUAUUCAUCAGCGACGAUGGAGCCGUCAUAUACUACAAAACAGACGACAAGAAAACAGACGACAAGAGAACGGAAGACAAGACAACGGACGACAAGAAAACGGACGACAAGAGAACAGACGACAGGAGAACAGACAAGAAAGCGGACGAGGGUAAGGCGGGGCGGCCGCGCAUGACGACAGCGGAGGCGAUGGCGGUCGUUAAGUCCGGCGACUCGUUCAUGAAGUCUCCCGGCACAGUAACGAAGACCGCCUCCUCGCUGCUCUCCCGCAUCCGCAAGUUCAGCGGCGCGUCGGCGACGGAGGAUGCUGCGCGCGUCGUCACCGCCUCCUGGAAGCAGAAGCAGCAGGAAGAGGGCGCCACCGCUGCCCCUGCGGGGUCGCCGAAGCUUCCGACGGGAAAGUCGUCUUGCGGGAAGACGGAGAAACGAGACGGGAAGGCGGGGAAGGAUCCCGGGAAGCCUGGACUCCCCCCGCGCCCGUCGGAGAGGAAGAAGUCGUCUGAUCUCGAGUCGAAGGGGAAGACGCUUUCUGGGGGAAAGACGGAAGGUGCGGGAGCGGAAUCGAGCAAGGACGUUGCCGCGGCGACGGUGACAACGAAGACUGACGUAAAGAGGAAGGUGGCGGGAGCGUCGCCCGAUCGUCAGAAACGCUCGUUGCCGAAGCUGGAGGCGCCCCUUGGCGGCAAGGACAAGAAGAUCUCAUCUAACGCACAGCAGUCCGAAGACAAAACGACUCAGUCAAAACCUCCGGCGGCGCCCCCUGUGGACGCAUCGCGAGUCGGCGCAUCCGCGGAACUUUCCACGUCGGUCGGCGAUGCGGCGGAAAGCAGGAAGACAGAGUCCGGGAAGACUCCGGAUAAUUCUUCUGCGGAUUCCGGAACUCCCAAGAAGAAGGUCGUGAAGAAGAAGAAGGUCAAGACAGCAGAGGAGGACUCUUCCCCCGGGUUGCCGGAAUUCGCCGCUGCUGCCACGGUGUCGUCGUCGCCGAAGAAGAAAGUGAUUAAAAAGAAGAAACCAAAGACUAGCGAAGCCACUGAGGCGGUUGCCACGACGACUAUGACGGAUGCGUCGCCGCCGCAGUCCUCUGUCGCGGAGCAGGGUGCUAACGCGGCGCCCCCUGCAGCACCCUCGCCCACAGCGUCGGAAUCUGCCGCAGCCACGCAGCGAGACAGUGUGGUGGUGGCGCCGGCAGGGAAACCUGCGGGGGAACCGUCAGGCGGUGCGGCAGCGCCGGAGAAGGCGGUGGCGACGCCCGCGGAACAUUCGCCGUCUGGCAGGUUAGAGCAGACGCGGGCGGAGGCUGAGGCACCGGUUGCGAGCGAGAGCCGUGGCGCCCCCUCUCUCUCGGAGACGGCACGUGGCACCCCCUCUCUCUCGGAGACGGCGCGUGGCGCCCCCUCUCUGCCGUCCGCGCUUCUCAGUGACAUUCACGCGGGUGGCGUCCUGCGACCCUGCCACCAGGAGACGCCACGAUGCGAGUCUCCCGGCGCGUCGUCGCCGGACGCGGCGGCCAAUAGCAGCGCGGACAGCCUGAAGCCGGAAUCGCCGAGUCAAGACUCGAUGAAGGACCUCUCGAGUCCAGAACCGCCGGUGGAGGAGGAGGCGCGGGGCGACGUGACGGCUGCGGGGAACGUGCCGCCCUCUGUGUCCGCGCUGUCAGAUGGAGAACACGACGAGGCGUGUCGGCGAUACUUCUAUGGAGACGAAAACGUCAACACGCUUACGGGACAGAGAGUUCUAACCGUAUACGUGGAUAAGAGGAUCACAAUUGCUGGUCUGAAGCAGAAGCUUGAGCCGUAUGUUAAAUGUCCCAUGGAUCACUUCAAGGUGUUUCGCGUCUACAGCAACGGGCAGGAGUUUGAGUGUUCUCGCUACCAGGAGACUCUCGUCUCCUACAGCGACGACAGCAAGCUGAGCAUCAAGCUCGGGCGUGCGCUCAAGAAGGGCGAGUACAAGGUGAAGGUCUACCAGCUAGGACCGGCAACGACCGCUGACGGUUGCAAGUUCCUCAUAGACACGAUCUUCGCAAAAGGAAUGACGGUCCUCGACUCUAAGAAGCUCAUCUUACCUGAGAUCAAGACACAGUGUGCUCUCGAAAUACCUCUAAACAGGUGUCGGCUGCGUAAGAAGAAUUGGAAGAACCCCGGAUCGGUUUACCUAGACUGGCAGAAGUACGAGGAACACAUUCCGAUCUUCUCCAACUGGGACGUCUUCGUCGAAUUGUUGAGCGGACCGGAGAAGUUAGUCAGUGAGGGACAGUUGGCUUGUGUGUAGUGAGGCAGG